CUCUCGCUGCAAACUCUCAUUCUUUCUCAUUCCAAGGGUUUUGCAAUCUCCAACCCCAUAUUCCCUACUUUCAAUUUCUCUCCAAACUUUUCGAGAUCAUUCAAUAUCAAUCUGCACUAAAAAACCCCUAAAAUUCAUUCCUCCUGGAACUCCGACAAUCAUCAAUGGCGACCUUGAAUUCUUUUCUAAUGAACCCCAUUUCACGAUCAACCCAUCUCCAUCGCCAAUUCGAGCUAACCAAAGCUACAAACUUCUCAAAGAUCUCAUCUUGUUUGGUUUCAGAGAAAUCCCAAGAGAAAACCCUGACCCCUUCCAAUUCAAAGAAAGCGAAGGAGAUUAUGGAGAUGGAAGCUAAGUACUUAGUUGGGACUUACGCUAGGGCUCCAAUAGCCCUUGAGAGGGGAAAGGGAUGCAAGCUCUACGACGUCGACGGGAGAGAGUAUUUGGAUAUGACGGCGGGGAUCGCGGUGAAUUCGUUAGGGCAUUGUGAUGGAGAUUUGGUGGAGGUGUUGGUUGAUCAGGGGAAUUCUCUUUGGCAUGUUAGCAAUGUUUAUUACUCGCUGCCGCAGGUGGAACUUGCAAAACGGCUUGUAGAUUGCUCUUUUGCAGACCGUGUUUUCUUUACAAACUCGGGAACAGAAGCAAAUGAGGCAGCUAUAAAAUUUGCUAGGAAGUAUCAGAGACACAUAACUGAUGUUGGAAAAGAACCUCCUAGAGAAUUCAUUUCCUUCAGUAACAGCUUCCAUGGAAGGACAAUGGGUGCUGUUGCUCUAACAAGUAAAGAACACUACAGGAUACCCUUUGAACCCGUCAUGCCUGGAGUUAGAUUUUUAGAAUAUGGUAACAUUGAAGAAGCCAAGAAGGCAGUAGUGUCGGGCAAGAUUGCAGCAGUUUUUGUGGAACCUAUCCAGGGUGAAGGCGGGAUAUAUAGCGCAACAAAAGAAUUCUUGCAAGCACUCCGUACUGCUUGUGAUGAUGCUGGAGCUCUCUUGAUCUUUGAUGAGGUUCAGUGUGGAUUAGGACGAACUGGUCAUCUCUGGGCCCACGAGGCCUAUGGCAUAGCACCAGAUAUAAUGACACUCGCCAAACCACUUGCUGGAGGCUUACCAAUCGGUGCAUGCCUCACGACCGAAAAGGUUGCCGAAGCCAUAAACUAUGGAGAUCAUGGAAGCACUUUUGCGGGCAGUCCUCUUAUUUGCAAAGUAGCCCUCAAAGUUCUCGAUAAGAUCCAAGACCCCAUGUUUCUUGCCAAUGUAGCAAGAAAAGGGCUUCACUUGAAAGAAUUACUUAGCGAGAGGUUGGGAGGGAAUCGACAUGUGAAGGAAAUACGCGGGCUCGGGCUUAUUGUAGGGAUCGAGCUCGAUGUUCCUGCUUCUUCGUUAGUCGAUGCUUGUAGAGACUAUGGACUUUUGGUUCUGACUGCUGGGAAAGGGAAUGUGGUUAGGUUGGUUCCUCCAUUGAUAAUAUCGGAGGACGAGCUCGAAUAUGCUACCGAGGUGAUUAAGAAAUGCUUGCCUUCACUUGAUGCUGAGAAUAAAAAUUAAGUGUGCUGAAUCCCCUUGUUUAUAUAUCAGAUCUGAUUGGAAAUUAAUUUUUCUAGAUUUGUAGAUUAAACUUUUAUGUUGUAGGACAAAUAAAAUGAUGUAUUAUGAAAUAUUUUCAAUUCGUUUCGUUAGGGGACUUUUCGUGCUAACUGUUUGUGGGGUAGCAAUUAGUCAUGUUGUUGAAGGAGGGCAGGGCGCAUGGUUGUUCAAUAUGAAUUUGGAGAUGCAAUUUGGAUGAAUAA